UGAGCAACAGAACAUUUGGUCUGAUUCCAAAGGCAAAAACUGACAAUCGCACAUUAUGUUUUUAGAUGCUAUUUUUUGUUUUUUUACUGGUAAUCUGUUACAAUCAUCAUGGCAUGUGAACAGAAACUGCGCCCUUUUCAGAGCUGUCAGAUGCUGCCUGAUGUGGUGUCCACCGAACAGCAGUCACUGGUGCUUGUGAAGAAACUUUUAGCCAUUGCUGUCUCAAGCAUCACUUACCUCAGGGGUCUUUUCCCAGAAAAGGCCUAUGGUCGCAAAUAUGUUGGAGAGCUGAAAGUCCUUAUACUGCGAGAGCAUAGCUGUCCUGGUGCUCAGCAGAUUGUGCAGUGGUUGCAGGGCUGUUUUGAUGCACUUCAAAGAAGAUACCUACGAAUGGUUCUUCUAUCAAUUUACUGUGAUCCAGACAAUCCACAGAAAGUGACUGAAUGCUACCAGUUUAAAAUCAAUUACACAGAGAAUGGACCUCAGAUGGACUUUGAGAGCAAAAAUGGACAGAGUCUGACUAAAAUGGCCUGUGACAACACCCAGAAAUCCAGUAUGCUGCUAGUGCGCAAGCUUUACAUGCUGAUGCAAAAUCUCGGCCCACUGCCUGACAACGUCUGCCUCAACAUGAAACUCUUCUACUAUGAUGAAGUGACCCCUCAGGAGUAUCAGCCACCUGGCUUCAAGGACGAUGACAAUGAGACUUUGAUAUUUGAGAGGGAACCAGUAAAUCUGACCAUGGGAGAGGUGGUCACACCUUUUCAUAGUCUCAGAAUGAACGUCACCACUGAGCGCAAGAGACUUGAGCCGUUUGAUGAGGAAGAGGAAGUAUGUGUGAGUACAAAAUGGUCUUUGAAAAUGUUUGAAGAUGGAAUGACGUCUGAGACCUCUGUUCAGCAGGAGUGUAUGACAAAGGAGAAAGUCAUCACUGAUGCUGGCAUUGAAUACUCAGAAACUCAGGAAAACUCCCAACGGGCUCACAGAAGCAGCAAGGAGGAUCUUGACAUAACAAAUGCAAAGAUGGACAGUCUGGUAAAGAAAACUGCUGAUCUUAAGAUGAACGCAAGGAAGACCAGGAGCGGACGCAUCUUUGAGCCUCAGAUCUCUCAGUUAGAGUUCCCUCUGAGCCAAGAUCCCCAGCCAUCUGCCCUGAAGAAACGCAAAGUCAGUGUACCUAAAUAACAUUGACUUGUACACUCGCA